AUGGGUUCUUGUCUUUCGGGUGGUGGAGGUUCCAAACCAAAUAAUAACAAUAACAAUAAUAAUAACAUUAACAAUAGCAAUAACAAUACAAAGGACAACAAUCAAGGACAAUCCUCCUCUUUCAACAACAACAACAACAAUACAACAACUUUGAAUUCACAACAACAAUAUGGUCAAAGCUCUUCAAACAAUGUCAUUAAUGGUAAUAAUGGAUCAAUGUCUCAUCGAUCGAAUCAUCAUGGCGGUUCGGAGAAUGGACAGACAGAAGAUAUCAAGAUUUUGUUGUUGGGAAGUGGAGAAUCAGGAAAGAGCACUCUAUUCAAACAAAUUAAAAUUACUGAGAAGGGAGGUUUCACAAAGGAAGAAGUGAGUCGCUAUUUGAACUCCAUCUAUGGAAACAUUAUACAAACAAUUGAUUCAUUAAUUACUGUCGUCAAUGAAAAGGGCCAAACAAAGUUGCUUUCAACAAAUUCGAAUCGAGUGGCUCGAGUACGACAAGUGACAAGUGACGAUUCAUUCUUGUGGUGUGGAGUUCAACAAUACAACGAGGAUCUCUCCCUAGAUAUUGAAGAGUUGUACAAAGAUCCUGCUAUCACUGAAGCUUUCGACAAGUAUCGAUACGAAGUUCACGUAUUUGAGGGUGCCACAUACUUCUUCAAAGAUUUAUCUCGAUUAAGACCGCCAAAUUAUGUCCCUAGUCAAACCGAUAUAUUAUAUUGCAGACAAAAGACGACAGGUAUCAAUGAUACAACAUUUGAAUAUAAAGGGUAUAGACUGAAAGUAGUGGAUGUUGGUGGCCAAAGACCUGAAAGAAAGAAGUGGAUUAAUUCAUAUGCUGGGGUUCAUGCAGUGAUAUUUGUGGCAAGUCUUGGUGACUAUGACCAAGUGUGUUACGAAGAUGAUCAUACCAAUCGAAUGUCAGAGUCCAUUGACCUUUUCGAAGAGACCAUUAAUAGUCGUCACUUCCAAAAUACCAUGAUCAUUCUCUUACUCAACAAGACUGAUGUUUUUUCACGAAAAAUCAAAGAAAAGUCAAUAAGGACUCUUUUCCCAGAUUAUCAGGGUGCUGAUACUUUUGAAGAGUCUGUGAAAUUUAUCGAAAAGAAAUAUCUUGAUGCCAAUAAGUAUGAUCCUAAUAGAAUUUUCACAUUUUGGAGUUGUGCCACAGAAACAGAAUCCAUAAAACAAGUAUUUAACUCUGUGAAAGAUAAGGUGAUAGAGUUGAAGAUGGCUCAAAAACCAAAUGCAUAG